AAACUGCUUCAUUCGACCAACCUCAACAAAUGAUUCACGCUCAACUAACGCAACCUUUGGGUCUAACAGUGAAGAAAUCCUGCUUGAUACAGGGGACAGCUGAAUGAUCUGACAGAUUCUGAUGGGCCACUUGACGCCCGAUGCGCAUGUGACCCAGCACCAUUGACCACCAAGUCGCUUGCACUUGAUUUCCGUCCCCAGCUAGACGUCCAGUGAGACGCUGGAGCAGCCAAUAUGACAACCUCCGCAAUCUUCGAGAAGCUGGCAUUGCACGCGCCUCAUCUGUCAGGCCGAUAUGCGAUCCCUGCCUUGCCCGCCUUCAUUUACGGAACGGCAUGGAAAAAAGAAGCCACAGCUGACCUGGUCUACCAGGCCCUCUGCAACGGUUUCACAGCCAUUGAUACUGCUGCUCAACCCAAACACUACCGAGAAGAUUUGGUCGCCGCUGGGAUAUCAAGAGCAAUCAAAGAUGGCAAGAUCAAACGAUCUGAAGUCUACAUCCAGACCAAGUUCACCAGCGUGGGAGGUCAAGAUCCAGAGAAUAUGCCCUAUGACCCCAACAGUCCGCUUCCAGAGCAAGUGAAUGCAUCGGUCAUGUCGUCCCUGAAGAACUUCAACUUUGCAGACGUGGUCAAGGGGGACGACACGGCAGAGCCAUACAUCGACACGCUCGUCCUACAUUCACCUAUGGCGACCAUCAGUGAGACCUUGGAAGUCUGGCAGACGUUGGAGCAGUAUGUGCCCAACGAGAUCCGGAACCUGGGCAUAUCCAACUGCAACCUGUUCACCCUGAUGGACAUCUACGAGCGCGCGCGCAUCAAGCCGAGCGUGGUGCAGAAUCGCUUUUAUCGGAACGCCAAGUUUGACAUUGGAGUGCGUCAAUUCUGUCGAGAGCAGCAGAUUGUGUAUCAGAGCUUCUGGACAUUGUCGGCCAAUCCGACACUCGUCUGGUCGACUGAAGCGGGUGCUUUGGCAAACCAGCUGGGCAUCAGCCCACAUUCCGCCUUGUACUGUUUGGUACUGGGAUUGGGGAAUGUGACGGUCCUCAAUGGGACAAAGAGCGCUCUGCACAUGCAGGAGGAUUGGAGAGCUGUGCAAGUGGUGAAGGAUUUCGCGCAAGCUCACCCUGAAGAAUGGGACAAGAAAAUGACGGGAUUCCGAGCACUGAUCGGACAACCCAAGCCUUAGGCCUGAGGAUACCUCAUCGGGAUGGUAGCGGAUCGCGAUGGCCCCCAGGAGCCCAAUAUUGAGACAGUACUCAGCUUGGUUAGCAUGGAGGAGAGUUUCCCUCGUGAUCCGCAAGGCUGGACUGAAUGGUCGGGAACUGGGCUGUGGAGCGAAGAGAGUCAGCCGCCUGGUUGGUUGGGCGCAGUUAGCACAGUUAAACACAGUUAAGCGCAC